GGAAUAUAAGAGAGGACUGCUUGGUGAGUGUCUGAGCUUCUCCACCACCGACCGCCCUUGCAUUUUCCACUAUGCCUCGUUCGUUUCGAAAGUUUCAUUAAUGGAGGAACCAGAACAUGGCCAGCAUGAGCCUACGCUUUCUUCUUCUGCUGCUGCAACCUCCGCCGAUAGUCCAUCUUCUUCUUCACCGUCUACGUCACGGGUUCAAGAAGAAGAAGAAGAAGAAGAAGAGGGAGUAGAAAAUGAACGACACGAGAAUGGAGACAAUAGUCUCCGCCGCCAUCUCCAUUACCACCGCCAUCAUAUCCUUCUUAACCAUCACCGACAACAGCAACAGCAGUCUUCUAAUUUUCCCUAUCGUAUGAACAUAUCGAUAUCUGAUGUACCGUCGACUGAGAUGAGAGAUGAUGUGUGGUCUUGCCUCGUUGUGCUCGUCACGUUUUGGUUCUUCGCAGCAUCCGUGACUCUGAUUCUUGGUUUUUUCGGAUCUGUAACUACACCAUUGGGACCAAAUUGCUCACGCCUAAUACAAAGUAACCCAUUCUUUGUGCAGUCUAUUAAGGCGGAGGAAGUCGAUGAGCCAAAACCUGGGACAAUGUUAUAUGGGUUUUAUAAACCUCCUCCCCUGGACGUUGAGAUCGGUUGGACUGAAACACAUAAUGCAUUUGUACCAGCCAAUUUCCACAAGGAGUGGAUAUACUUCCUAAACAAAGGAUCUAGAGUGGAUAUCUUAUACAAUGUAAAAUCAACAAGUCCCUCGCCUUUAUCCCUUGUGAUUGCCCAAGGUAGAGAAAGCCUCAUUGAGUGGAUAGAGGACCCAUCAUAUCCUAAUACAACUCUAUCUUGGAAUAUUAUUUCUGGAAGUGGUAAGAUCCAACAGAAAAUUUCGAAGCCCUCCAAUUACUACAUUGCAGUUGGGAACUUGCACUCCGAGGAGGUCGAGGUAGAGUUGCAGUUGUCCAUAAAUGCUUUAGUCUAUAAUACAACUCAGGCAUAUUACAAGUGCUCCCUGGGUAACUAUAUAUGUAGUUUGAAGCUUUUUCUUCUUGGAAGAAAUGUUGCCGUCUUAACUUCUCCACAUCCUAUGGAGGGUACUGAUGAUGGAUGGUAUGUCAAACUGUCUUUUGGACCACGGUGGAUCACAUAUUUUCUUGGAUCAGGUAUAAUGACCAUCCUGAUCUUAUCCGCCGUCAAACUCUCCAACAUGUUCCAAGCCACAGAUGAAAACCCAACGGGAUUUCAAGCAGGGGAGCUGGGAACUGAACGAGCCCCAUUGCUCAUGCACAAAGAUGACGAUAUUUCAAGUUGGGGUUCCUCUUAUGAUUCUGUUUCACAAAAUGAUGAGGAUCCUGAGGCACAGCUUGCAGUCAAUGGUAUUGAGGGACAGCAAAUAACAGAAGGGGAAAGUGUCAAUAAUCCCCGGCAUCUUUGUGUCAUUUGCUUUGAUGCCCCUAGAGACUGCUUCUUUCUUCCAUGUGGGCACUGUGCUGCCUGUUUUACAUGCGGAACAAGGAUUGCAGAAGAGGCAGGAACUUGUCCCAUAUGCCGAAGGAAGAUGAAGAAAGUGAGGAAGAUUUUUUCAGUUUGAACUAUGUGCAAGAGUAAGUAUUUUGGAGGGGCUAUCUGGUAGUGCAAUUAUUAUUGGUCCCCUGUAGAAUAUUUUUCACCCUCGACUCGGAUGGAUUUCACGUGCACUUGUAGAAAGCAACGUUAAAUUAGGCUUGUGUUGAAAGCAAAAAAAAAAAAGAAAAGGGUCUCAGUAGAGGUUGGCUAAAGAAUACUUUGUAUUCACUGUCAUCUCAAUGCGACCUCUUUUUUAAAAAGGUAUAAAUUACUCCCCUUAACUUUCA